CAUAAAUGUAUCUUAUAAAUAAAGAGGUUAUGUUUUAUGAUUCAUUGUUUAUGUAUUAUUUUUAAUUCUAAAAGUGAAAAUUCGUCUCAUAUUAAGAUUAAAUUAUGGAACCAACCAUGUACUUAGGAGCAAUGAGCAAUCACGUACAUUGUGAAAAUUAUCAAUUUAAAAUCGAUGAAAAACUUCUGAUGUUCAAAAGAAACGAAGUUCUUGAUAAUAUUACCUGGUUGGAUGUUAAAAACGCGUCAGGGACUAUAACGCCUGAUACAUUCAGCAACGUUCCAAAUUUAAAGAUUCUCAACUUUAAAAAUUGUAAUUUGGAUUUUUUGCAGAGAUCCUUUGAAUUUUUAGAAAAAUUAACAUCAGUAACAAUAGAAAACAGUAAUAUCAUAAUAAAGAAAGAAAUUUUUGAAGGCAAUGAAACAAUUUCUAGUUUACAGUUUAUCGAAAUGAAAUUUUCUGGGGAUGAAUGUUUCACACAUCUGAAAAAAUUGAACUAUUUACUAAUUGACGAUUGUGUUUUCGAAAAUAGUAAAGGGGGUAUUUUUAACGGCCUAGAAAAUUUAGAAUAUUUUAUAUUAAAAAAUAGUAAAUUAACAGGGUUAUCAGAUAUUUUUAAAGAUAUGCAAAAAACAACAUUAUUAUCAAUUUUGAACAAUAAAAUAGGGGAAUUUGAUUAUAGGAGCAUACCAAAAUUAACAAAAUUGCGCAAUCUUAGUAUUUUUAAUAACGAAAUAUCCACAGAUAUUGAUUACAAACUUUUCGAGGGCACUCUACUUGAAAACAUCAUGUUCGAUACUAAUGUAUUUUUGAAAUAUAUAGAUUUUCGUGCUUUUCCCGCAUUAAAAUGCGUAGAAAUAGGGACAUUAACUGAUAUAAUUACUGAAGAAGAACAAGAACUCAUUGAUAAACUAAAAUCUAUGAACAUACAAUAUCAAUACACAUUUUGUGGGAAAGUUGUUGUUGAUAUGUCUAAAGUUCAAAUUUGUGGUUAAAACACUAUAUAUUCACAAUGCUACAUUGCCAAACCGUCAAUAAAAUAUGAGAUUAUAGGAAAUAUUAGCACCACAUAAUUACACAUUUUUUAAAUAAAUUAAUCGAGUUUUUUUUCAAAUUAUAUUAAAAAUUUAAGAAAAAUAUAUUUCUUAUCAACUACUCCUUUUUAUUUAUUCAGCAUUAGCUUUAAUAACACAUCAUAGUCUGUGUUUCCUUUUUAAUUCUAAAUUUUUGUACUUUAAUAAAUGUAUCAACAGUAUUUUGUAUUAUUUUUUUUUGCAUAAAAAAUUGUUAUUGUCCUAAUUUGAACAUAACCUAAUUGAUAUUUUAACAAAUAAUUACUGUUUUGGUUACAUUUUUAAUAAAUUAUUUUUCAAACUA